AUGGAAGGGCAAGAACAAUUCGAUGAAGGUGGGCUUCCUGGCCCCGGUGCCCCAACCCCGCUCUCUGCACUGGAUGGCGUUGCCGGCUUGACGGGGAGGGAUAUCAAGUUGUUUGUGGAUGCAGGAUACCACACUGUCGAGGCCGUUGCCUACACGUACGUUAUCCACGACCAUGUGGUUCAUUGCCGUUUCGAGACGCUGGCAACGUCGCUCCUAGUCCCGCUCUUGCUAACAUUCACUGAAUCCAGACCAAAGCGGUUACUGGAACAGAUCAAGGGUAUCUCGGAACAAAAGGCUACCAAGAUCCUAGUCGAGGCUGCCAAACUAGUGCCAAUGGGAUUCACAACCGCAACAGAAAUGCACGCUAGGCGAAGCGAGCUCAUCUCCAUCACAACGGGAUCUAAGCGCCUCGAUACGCUACUGGGAGGUGGUGUUGAAACGGGGUCGAUUACGGAAAUAUUUGGAGAGUUCAGAACGGGAAAGAGUCAGAUCUGCCAUACGCUGGCAGUGACUUGCCAGUUGCCCUUCGAUAUGGGUGGUGGUGAAGGAAAGUGUCUGUAUAUCGAUACAGAGGGAACCUUCCGACCCGUGCGCUUGCUUGCAGUUGCGCAGCGAUAUGGUCUCGUUGGCGAGGAGGUUCUUGAUAAUGUUGCAUAUGCCCGUGCAUACAACUCGGAUCACCAGCUGCAGCUACUCAACCAAGCAUCGCAGAUGAUGUGUGAGACGCGAUUCUCUCUGUUGGUUGUUGACUCGGCGACCUCUUUGUACCGAACGGAUUUCAACGGCCGCGGUGAGCUUUCAUCUCGGCAGACGCAUCUAGCCAAGUUUAUGCGAACCCUGCAGCGUCUCGCAGACGAGUUCGGUAUUGCGGUCGUUAUUACCAACCAGGUUGUUGCCCAGGUUGAUGGCGGGCCCAGUGCUAUGUUCAAUCCUGACCCUAAGAAGCCCAUUGGAGGUAAUAUCAUUGCACACGCCAGUACGACUCGACUGAGUCUAAAGAAGGGUCGUGGUGAGACUCGUAUCUGCAAGAUCUAUGACAGCCCUUGUCUCCCCGAGAGUGAUUGCCUCUUCGCUAUCAAUGAAGAUGGUAUUGGUGAUCCUAAUGAGAAGGAUUUGGAGGAUAAAUGA